GAAUAUCCUUAUGAAGGGGUUUCAAGGAUACAGGUCAUUUUUCAAACCUAAAAUCUUUAGGGACCUAAAAGUGUAUCCUUAUCAGAAGAUUAUCCUUAUACAGACUCCUCUUAAGGUUUUGCUGUUUCACGAUUAAAUGCAUUGUCAAAUUAUCAUGCCAGCUCAUUGCCGGUAAGUCCGAUGAGCUCUUAAAAUGAGUGUUUAAGACUUCAAUUGUUUCUUUACCAUUUUCUUUAUUUACCUUCUUCAAAUCUAACAAAGCCUCAUAUUUGAAUACAUCUUGACGCAUACAUAAUGGCACCAAUUCACUACUUAGUAACUGUUACCCCAACACCAGGAAAGGAGGCUCGUCUCCGAGAGGUCCUCACCCACAUCGCAAAUGAAGUCCAAAAGAACGAGCCCGGACUUCAUAAAUACCAUUUUUUCGAGCAAUAUGAUGGUGAAAAAGGAAAUGUCUUCAUUGCUCAAGAAACUUAUGAAGAUGAAGCCGCAUUAGCUUCUCAUGCCAAUACAUCCUACUCCCUUGAAUUUAUAAAGAUUGUGACUGAAGAGGGACUUUUGGCUGCACCAUUCGAAGUCAAAAAGAUUAAGCCAUUUGCUGGAUUCGCUAGUCGUUAGACAUGGGUCCUCGAAUUAUUGUAUAAACCACCCCGAAUUCAACAAAUAUUAUAUCAUACCA